AAAGAAAAGGUUGGGGGUUUGGCUUAUGAAGUGAUAUUGAAGCCAGCUACUGCCACUGAAGUACCUGUCAAACCAAUUUCACCACCUAAAGAAAAGGCUAUAUCUGAAGCUGAUAUUCUCAAUAAAUUAAAGAAAGCUGAAGAGAGGAGACAGUCAUUAGAGCAACAGAGAUUAGAACAGCUUGCUAAAGAUAGAGCAAAGGCACAAGAAAUUGUUGCUAAAGCUCAAGAAGAAAGUAAACUGUUUUCAGAAGAAACUGAGAAGAAGUUGAGGAAAGCCAUGGAAGCUAAUAAAGAGAAUCGUGAAACUCAGAUUAAUGCUUUACAAGAAAGACUGAGAGAACAUGAGAGGAGAAUAGAAGAAGUAAGAAGAAAUAAACAGAACAAUAUUCAACAGGAGGUGGCUCCAGAAGGUCAAGCUUAA